GGGUUGAAUGGUUGAUACUUUUUUUGACAAAAGGGUAGUUUCGUUCGUUCAGAAAUCCAAAACCUCAUCUCUCUCCGAACAAACCUGUUGAUUCUCGCAGCUCUUGCUUCAUCAAUCUCGAUCUCACCUCAUUUAUGUUCUCUUCUGUUGCCGGUUGAUUCUUCAGUUAUGGCUUCUUUCAUCUCCAAAAGGCUACUUCGUUCUUAUCAAUCCUUGCAUUCACUGGGACGGCGCUGCUUUAAUUCACCCAGUGCUGCUGGGUUAUAUGGGGAGCGACUCAUUUCUGCACAACGUAUCUUGACCGGAUCAAUCACCCAACGCUUUUCUACUUCUACUGAUGAAGCUGCAUUUCCAUCUGACUUAUUGUCCAAAAAGCCUCUCGCAACAUCUGAGCGUGAUAUAGGGCUCUGUCAGGAUCUUUUAAUUCCAGUUACCAACUUUCACAACGAAGACAAGGGCUUUAUGGUUUUAGCUGGAGAUGUUUUUGAUAUGCCUAUUCGGAAGGAUAUAGUUCACCGUGUUGUUUUGUGGCAGCGUGCAAAACGCCAACAGGGAACUCACUCAACAAAAACUAUCAGUGAGGUCAGUGGGACUGGGAGAAAGCCUUGGAACCAAAAGGGGACUGGUCGAGCAAGGCAUGGGUCAUUGCGUGGGCCUCAGUUCAGGGGUGGUGAAGCGAAGCAUGGUCCUAAGCCCCGAAGUCACGCUUUCAAACUCAAUAAGAAGGUUCGGCGACUGGGACUAAAGAUUGCUCUGUCAGCUCGUGCAGCAGAAGGAAAGCUUCUAGUGUUUGAGGAUUUGGAGGUUCCCACACAUAAAACCAAGAACUUUUUGAAUUUUUUUAACCAACUGGAGGACACCAAGAAACUUCUGAUCGUAGAUGACGGCCCCGUAAAUGAAAAGCUAAAGUUAGCUACACAAAAUCUGCAUUAUGUUAAUUUACUUCCAUCCAUUGGAUUAAAUGUCUACAGUAUUUUGUUGCAUGAUACUUUGGUGAUGUCCAAAGAUGCUGUGAACAGAAUUGUUGAGCGUAUGCACACUCCAAUCUCCAAUAAAUCCACACCCCAAUAAAUGGUUGAGGCAGUAACUGUCUGUUUCUGUACUAAACUUCAUUUACUCAGGAUUAGGAAUAGUAUCCCCAUGUCCUCAUUUCUGUAACACAGUGAUCCAAUGAGAAUAUUUUGCUUGAGGUUUCUGAUAAAAUUAUACUAGCAAAGCAAGUUGUAAUUUUUUAUGUUGUUCAAGAUUAAAACUUAGGAAUUGGAUGGUGAAAUUUUAAUGCUCAAAUGGUUAAGUUGUUGUAGUUUCCGAUGGCAUCUCAUUUUUCAGCAAAUGCAUGGGAUCUGUUUAACCUA